UCUUUAUGUUUCUUUCUACUUAGGAUUAACAUUUAGAAUAACAAGAUAAUUAUCAAUUUUGUCGGAGAAUUAAUUUGUGACAUGUGUGAAGAAUCAAAGAAACAAUAAACAGAAGAAGCUUAAUUUGACAGUUAAAAUAUCAACGUUAAGGAACAAUGUUUAUAAAUAUAUUGUUAUUAUAUCGAUUCAUAUUUAUUAUAUCGAUAUAUUAUUAUUACGUACAUUAUGGAAGAAAAGGACGAUUUCUUCAUCUUUUACCGGGACCUCCGAGCGUUCCGAUUUUUGGUCACGCAUUCCUAGCCCAAGUUUCAGCAGGCAUUAAAUGGUAAACACGGCGAAAAAUGUUAACUCCUGCAUUCCAUUUCAAUAUAUUAAAUCAGUUUGUUGAUAUCUUGAUCAAGGAAGGUGAUUGCAUGACAAAAUCUUUGAAGGAUGUCGGAGGGACAGUUGUGAAGGAUUUAUUACCAUUUAUCAGUGAAUAUACGCUAAACGCAAUAUGCGAAACUGCCAUGGGCGUCUCUUUGCAAAAUCUCGACGAGUCCCAACAACAGUAUCGAAAUGCAAUUCACGAAAUAAUCGAAUUGAUACUUUAUAGAAUAAUAAGGCCUUGGUUGUAUAAUGAUUUAAUAUUCUCAUUAACACCACAAGGAAGAAAACAAAAAAAAAUCUUGAAGAUAUUGCAUGAAUUUACAGAAAAAGUCAUUGUGGAAAGAAAACUUUAUCAUGAACGUACAGGUAAUCGAUAUUUAAACAAUAUUGGAGAUAAUAAAGAGAUGGAGGCAGAAGAUGUCGAAGUAUUUGGAAUUAAAAAAAAACGGCUAGCCAUGUUGGACCAUUUAAUAGCGGCAUCUCGAGAAAGUUCUUUAACUGAUUUGGACAUAAGAGAGGAAGUCGAUACUUUCAUGUUUGAAGGUCAUGAUACUACAGCAGCGGGUAUAAUGUUUGCUUUGUUAUUAUUAGCGGAACACAAAGAUGUUCAGGAACGUGUGAGGACUGAAAUUAAUACCGUAUUGCAAGAGAACGGAGGGAAACUUACCAUGAAAUCAUUGCAAAAUUUAUCAUAUUUAGACAGAUGUUUAAAAGAAGCGUUACGUUUGUAUCCCAGCGUAUUUUUAAUAUUACGCAAAACUGCGGAAGAUGUAAAAUUAAAUUCAUAUGUCGUACCUGCUGGAACACAUAUACAUCUUAAUAUUUAUGGAGUUCACAGAGAUCCUAAUUUUUGACCAAAUCCAGAAAUAUUUGAUCCUGAUAGAUUCUUGUCCGAAAACAUACGGAAGCGUCAUUCUUAUUCCUACCUAUCAUUCAGCGCAGGACCGAGAAAUUGCAUAGGUCAACAAUUCGCUCUGUUGGAAUUGAAGGCUAUUAUAGCUCCUUUGGUAUAUAAUUUUUAUUUGGAGCCCGUUAAGGAUUUAAAGGAUAUUCAACUGAAGGCCGAUAUAAUACUUCGUCCUUCUCAUCCGGUUCAUAUGAGAUUUAUCC